AGCAAGUUCAUUUUCACCGUUGGAAAAGAAUACGCAGUACCAAAAGUACAAAAGCUCUAAAUUACUGGUGAACAAGGGGCUCCGGUGGUGUGUACAAUAAUGCAUUCAUGAUCCAUGGCAGCCCGAUGCCGAAGUUUGAUUCUCUCUCUGGUUUGAUCUUUCCGUGGGCAUCCUGCCUUUGUUGUCCAUAGUGUCUCAUUCGGUGUGUGUGUCUGAGAGAGACAGAGAGAGAGAUGGCUAGUUACAGGGCAGAUGAUGAUUACGACUAUCUUUUCAAGGUGGUGUUGAUUGGGGACUCGGGUGUGGGCAAGUCUAACUUGCUCUCAAGGUUCACAAGGAACGAAUUUAGCUUGGAGUCCAAGUCCACAAUAGGUGUGGAAUUUGCAACCAGGAGCCUAAACGUUGAUGGAAAGGUCAUCAAGGCUCAAAUUUGGGAUACUGCUGGCCAAGAAAGGUACCGUGCGAUUACUAGUGCAUACUACAGAGGUGCAGUUGGUGCAUUGCUUGUUUACGAUGUUACCCGACACGCUACUUUUGAAAAUGUUGAGAGAUGGCUUAGGGAGUUGAGAGACCACACUGACCCCAAUAUCGUCGUGAUGCUGAUCGGAAACAAAUCUGACCUUCGUCACCUUGUCACAGUGUCUACUCAAGAUGGAAAAGCUUUUGCCGAGCGUGAGUCUCUCUAUUUCAUGGAGACUUCUGCGUUGGAAGCUACAAAUGUUGAAAAUGCAUUUUCUGAAGUUCUGAAACAGAUAUACCAUAUUGUGAGCAAGAAAGCUGUUGAGGCUAGUGAGGACGGAACUGCAACCACGUUGCCGAACAAAGCAGAGAGGAUAAAUGUUGCAAACAAGGACGAUGUUUCUGCAUUGAAGAAAAUUGGGUGCUGCUCAAGCUAGUGGAUCACUGUAGUUUCUGCAUUUGCCUAGUUAUGGUUGGUUUUAGCUGCUGUUUCUACUUUACAUGUCCAGUGCGAUUGUUUCUUCUUGUGUAACAAAUUGUACCUUAGCUUCAAUUUUAUACUUGUCUUUGUGUGAAUUCUGGGUAUAAAUGCAUGAAUUGGAAUAUAUAUAGAGCCAAAAUUUGUAUUCA